AUGCCGUCCGAAACCCUCGACCGGUCCGAGUUCGACUCGAUACCAGACACCAUCAAAGCCUUCCGCGAUGGCCAGUUCAUAGUAGUCCUCGACGACCCGGGCCGCGAGAACGAGGCCGACCUGAUCGUCGCCGCCCAGGACGUCACCGCCGAGCAGAUGGCCUUCAUGAUCCGGCACAGCUCGGGCUACGUGUGCGCGCCGGUGCUGCCCGACCUGACCAAGCAGCUCGACCUGCCGCAGAUGGUCGCCGACAACGAGGACCCGCGCGCCACCGCCUACACCGUCACCGUCGACUCGGCCGACCCCUCCGUCACCACCGGCAUCAGCGCCCGCGACAGGGCCCUGACCUGCCGCACCCUGGCCGACCCCGCCGCCACGCCCCAGUCCUUCCGCCGCCCCGGCCACGUCCUGCCCCUGCGCGCCCGCCCCGGCGGCGUCAGGCAGCGGAGGGGCCACACCGAGGCCGCCACCGAGUUCUGCCGCCUCGCCGGCAAGAGGCCCGCCGGCGUCAUCUGCGAGCUGGUCGACGACGGCGAGGAGGUCGAGGGCCAGGCCAUAUUCCGCGAGCCGGGCAUGCUGAGGGGGGAGAAGUGCAUCGCCUUCGCCAGGAGGUGGGGCCUGAAGGUGUGUACCAUCGAGGAUCUGGUCAACUACGUGGAGAAGACGGAGGGGAGUCUGGACUUGAACGGGUCAGCGUGA